UACGUGUCUUGUCUGAUUCUUAUCUUAAUCUAUAUCCAAAAUGCCAGUAUACACCGUUUCUCAUGUGCAAAAUGUACGUGUUUGCGUGGUCAUGGUAGGCUUACCAGCUCGCGGCAAGUCCCUUCUUGCCCAAAAGAUCGUUAGAUACCUUUCGUGGCUCUCGAUUAAGGCCAAAUGCUUCAACGUAGGCACAUACCGCCGCCAGACAGCUUCCCAACCGGAUGCCUCGUUCUUCGACGUGGAAAACCCCGAGGGGCUCGCGGUCCGCGUGGAGGCGGUCAACAAGGCAGUGGCGGAUAUGAUGUCGUGGUACGGCGACGAAGCGGGGGUUGUGGGAAUUUUGGACGCCACCAACUCGACCAGAGUAAGAAGAGCGUGGAUCUUGAAGCUUCUUCGCGAGAACCGCAUCGAGCCGUUGUUCUUGGAAAGCUGGUGCGAUGACUCGGAGCUCAUUAUGAAUAACAUCUUGGACGUGAAGACCACCUCUCCGGACUACGCUGGGAAGGCCCCUGACUUUGCCGUCUCUGACUUUUUGGCUAGAAUCGCCAACUACGAAAAGGUGUACGAGACACUCGACAUGGAAACGGAUAAGGACUUGACGUUUAUUAAGUUGAUCAAUGUCAACGCCCAAAUCAUCAUCAAUAAAAUUGAAACCUACUUGGAAUCCCGGAUUGUCUACUACGUGAUGAACCUACACAUCAAGCCGCGGGCGAUCUGGUUGUCCCGCCACGGUGAGUCUAUGUACAACGUCAGCGGCCAGAUUGGGGGCAACGCAGACUUGUCGCCACAGGGUUGGGCCUAUGCCAAGAAAUUGCCUCAGAUUGUGGCGGACUCUGUCGGCCCUGGCGAGUUGACCGUUUGGACAUCCACGUUGAACCGAACCCAACAAACAGCUUCCAACUUGCCGUUCAAGAAGCUCCAGUGGAAGGCAUUGGAUGAGUUGGAUGCCGGCGCCUGUGACGGCUUGACGUACCAGCAGAUUGCGGAGGACUUUCCUGAGGAUUUCAAAGCUAGGGACGAUGACAAGUACGAGUAUAGGUAUCCUGGUGGGGAGUCCUACAGAGACGUGGUGAUUAGAUUGGAACCGAUCAUCAUGGAACUUGAGAAGAACGAGAAUAUCUUGAUUGUGACCCACCAGGCGGUGUUGAGAUGUAUCUACGCCUACUUUAUGAACAUUCCGCAGGAGCAGAGUCCGUGGAUGGAUAUUCCGUUGCACACGUUGAUCAAGUUGGAGCCGCGCGCGUUCGGGACUAUGGUGGAGAAAAUCAAGGCGAAUAUCCCGGCUGUGAGCACGUACAAAGAGAAAGGGACGUUUGAGCUUGGGGUGGAUGAUGCCAAGGUGAAUGACGUGAAGAAUAUCAUCACCAGAGCGUAGCCAGCGUCAGCUAUGCUCUCGAUUUCUCUUGGGUGGGGGUACAUACAGUGAAUGUUACGAAAUGUAUAGGAUGAUCACUAGGAAUUGUUUCAGAGGUCUGGCUUGUUUUAGCUAACUGGAAAAAUACCGUCAAUUAAUUGGUCAUAACCGGAACUAGGGUAACAACCUCUGGACCUAAAGUUGCAUGAAAAAAAAAAAAGGACAAACGGAACGUUCUCC